AAACAAAUAGGUUUAACUUAACUCCACAUAUGAGGGGAGUGGAUUUUUAGCUUCACUCAUCAGUCGCGUCGGGUUUGACCACAACACAUCAGGUAGACGCAUGGAUCAUAUGAUAUGAAAAGCUUGCAGAAGUUUACUGAGGGCCAUAGGCUAUCUGGAGGUUGUGUAGACUGCAAGCCUUUAUUCAGAUCCGGUUGCUUGACAAACUCUGGAUAAUAUUUGUUUUCCAAUCUAGUCUGACAUGUACUGCAUGUUGCCCUGAUUAUUACGAUUAUAGAUAGUUUUGUCCAAUAGUUCUGUCCAACACCUGGGAAAUAACGAUGGUGUGCGUACGGGUGGCAGUCCGAGUUCGACCCCUUAACAAGAGAGAAAAGGACUUGUCUUCUAAGGUCAUUAUUCGUAUGGAGGAAAAUAAGACCUCUAUCCUCAAUGUUAAGGAUAUUCUUAUGAAUAUAUCAGAAGAGAAGACAAAGUCAUUCAUCUAUGACUUUUCUUAUGACUCCAGCAAUGCAAAAAGCUCCAACUUUGCAACUCAAGAUAAGGUUUUCACGGACCUGGGUCGGGAUGUUCUGGAGGCAGCCUUUGAAGGCUACAAUGCCUGCAUCUUUGCCUAUGGACAGACUGGCUCCGGGAAGUCAUACACCAUGAUGGGCACUGCGGAUGAUGUUGGACUGACCCCUCGCAUCUGCGAAGGCCUCUUCAGCCAGAUCACAGGACUGUCCCAGACUGACCAUACCUCCUUCCACACGUCAGUCAGCUAUCUGGAGAUCUACAAUGAGCGCGUGCGAGACCUCUUGGGCAGGAAGUUGACGGAGGGCAGCUGCCUUAGAGUGAGAGAGCACCCCAGAGAUGGACCUUAUGUGGAGGGCCUGUCCAAGCAGCAGGUGCACAGCUACAGUGAUGUGGAGAGGCUGAUGGAGAAGGGCAAUGCCAGUCGUGCCACAGCCAGCACAGCCAUGAACCAGACCAGUAGCCGCUCACAUGCCAUCUUCACCAUCAACUUCAGACAGGCCCGAUUCGAUGCAGAGCUGCCCAGCGAGACCACGAGCAAGAUCCACCUGGUGGACCUGGCGGGCAGCGAGCGGGCAGCCUCCACGGGCGCCUCGGGCACCCGGCUCAAGGAGGGCGCCAACAUCAACAAGUCCCUAGUGGCCCUGGGCAACGUCAUCUCGGCCCUGGCCGAUGUGUGUGUGGCUGGAGGCGUGAAGACGAAGAGGAAGGGCGCUUUUGUCCCCUACCGAGACUCCGUACUCACCUGGCUCCUGAAGGACAGCUUGGGGGGAAACUCCAAGACCAUCAUGAUUGCAACCAUUUCCCCGGCCCACUUGAACUACGGCGAGACCCUCAACACGCUCCGCUACGCCAACCGUGUCAAGAACAUCAUGAACCAGCCCACGGUGAACGAGGACGGCAAUGUGAAGAUCAUCCGUGAGCUCAGGGAUGAGAUCGCCCACCUGAAGGCUCUUCUGGCGCAGGGAGCCCACGUGUCCCCGGUGGGCCCUAGACUGGGAGCCAGUGUUGAGGAGAAGCUUCAUCGUAACGAGGCUCGGGUCCUGCAGCUGACCCAGGAGUGGACCAAUAAGUGGAAAGAGACACAGAGCAUUUUAAGGGAGGAGACCGUGGCCCUGAGGAAGGAGGGCAGUGGCGUGGUGCUGGAUUCUGGGCUGCCGCACCUCAUCGGCAUCGACGACGACCUCCUGAGCACAGGGGUCAUCCUGUACCGUUUACAAGAGGGCAGGACGUCUGUGGGCCGCGCGGAUGCCGCAACAAAACAGGACAUCGUGUUGGACAGUGCCGGUAUCAUGACGGAACACUGCGUGUUUGAAAACCGAGAUGGAGCGGUCAUCCUCACCCCUCUUCCUGGGGCCUCCUGCUCGGUCAGCGGAGCAGAGGUGACCAGACCCUGCCCGCUCACACAAGGUGCAGUGGUGUUGUUGGGGACAGGCACCACGUUCCGCUUCAACCACCCCAAAGAGGCAGCCGCUCUGCGCCUGAAGAGGCAGAGUGGUCUGCUGUCUGUCAAAGACUUCUCUGGCUUGUCAGAGAUGCUGUCCAAGGCCGCACUGCACAUAUCUGGGGGAGAUCUGACGGCGCUGAGGAGUGGACAGAAUGUGGAAUCGAAGCGCAACCAUGACGAUCUGACCGCUCGGACGUCUGAGUGGACAUCGGAGGUCGUGGAGGGUCAGAGGAGGAAGGAGGAGGAAGAUGAGGAGGAGGACCAUGGCCUUCCCAUCAUGCCUCAGGAGGAGGAGUGUCCACCUGAGCAGCAGCAGGAUGAGUGGACGGCAGGGCAGCUCAGAAGUGGUCAUCACACAGAGCAGCCUUGCUUGAGUCCAGCAUCAGCAUCAGCUGCUGGUCUGAAUGGAGACGCAGUGGAGGACAUCAGUGGCCAGCUGAGGGAAGAUCAGAGAGUGCCGAGUAGUGGAGAGAAUGUGGAGUCUGAGCAGAGUCAUGAAGAUCCGCCCACACAGAGGUGGACAGAGGAGGCCGAGGGUCAGGGGAUGGAGGAGAAGGUGGAGAGGGAGGAGGACCACCACCUUCCCAUCAUGCCUCAGGAGGAGGAGUGUCCACCUGAGCAGCGGCAGGAUGAGAGGACGACAGAGCAGCUCAGAAGAGGUCAUCACACAGGGCAGCCUGGCUUGAGUCCAGCAUCAGCAUCAGCUGCUGGUCUGAAUGGAGACGCAGUGGAGGACAUCAGUGGCCAGCUGAGGGGAGAUCUGAGAAGGCUGAGGAGCGGAGAGAGUGCGGAGUCGAAUCGCAGCCAUGAAGAUCUGAGCGCUCCGACAUCAGAGGAGGUGGAGGAUCAGGUGGCGGAGGAGCAGAGGAGGAAGAAGAAGGAGGAAGAGGAGGAGGACCACGGCCUUCCCAUCAUGCCACAGGAGGAGCGUCUGUCUGAGCAGCAGCAGGAUGAGACGAGGGCAUCGGGGGCUGGUCUGAAUGGAGACUCAGCUGAGGACAUCAAUGCUGAGCUGAGGGGAGAUGUGAGCAGAGGAGAGAGUGGGGAGUCUGGGCAGAGUCUUGAGGGUCUGACCAUGCAGAGAUGGACUUCAGAGGAGCAGAGGGAAAAGAAUAAGGAAGGGGAGGACCACCACCUUCCCAUCAUGCCUCAGGAGGAGGAGUGUCCACCUGAGCAGCAGCAGGAUGAGUGGACGGCAGGGCAGCUCAGAAGUGGUCAUCACACAGGGCAGCCUGGCUUGAGUCCAGCAUCAGCAUCAGCUGCUGGUCUGAAUGGAGACGCAGUGGAGGACAUCAGUGGCCAGCUGAGCUGUGUGACUAAUGGACUGACGGAAGAGGAAGAGGUAGUCGCAGCUCGUAGCAGCAGCAGCAGCAGCAGCAGCAGCAGUCCUGGGUCCUCAGUGGCGGCCCACAAGCCUGUCCCCAGCCACGCCUCAGAUGGCCUGUCCUCAUUCCCUCCUCCCCAGGACGCAGAGGACGAGCUGGAGCGGAAGCAGCAGGAGUCGGCUCCUCAUCCAUCAGCGGCGAGGGCCUGGGAGGCGUGGGAGGCGUCGCAGGCGUGGGUGCCGUGGGGAGAGUGGCGGCGGCGGCAGCGGGAGCAGGACGGGCAGGAGCCCAGCGCCCUGAGGCCGGCUGAUGGAUCUGGCUCGGCCGCGGUGGGGCCGGGAGGGGCCUCUAACGAGCGCCCGGGCCCCCCGCCAGACGUCCGCCGCGCCCCCCUCUCGCCGGCCGCCGGCUCUGGAGGGACCUCGUUAGUCGGCGCGCCACUCGGCAGGCCGUCAGAAGACGGCGAGACCGGGGGAAGGGGAGCGGCGCUGGCCAAUGCUCUUCCUCCUCUUCCUCCUCUUCCUCCUCUUCCUCUGUUUGGUGAACCCCUGGCGGUACACAGACAGGCGCCUGCAGACAAGCUGGCCGUGGAGGUCCAAUUUAGCCGCGGCACCGUCUCGGCGAUGUCCGUGGAGAGCUCCCAGGCGCAGGUGGACCAGAAGCGGGCCCUCCCCCACGCCGACGGCUCCUCCGCCUCCGACCCCCACCCCCACCCCCCCGACCUCAGCUCCGGCUCGGACGCGGCCCCCCCGGAGGGCGGCGUGGUCAACUGGGUGUCCUUCAUGCUGAAGGACGCCGGGCGACACCUGCGCAGCCCCCCGACGCAGCUGCUGCAGCAGGCGCCCGCCCUGGGCCGACUCUACACGCAGGUGUGCUCGCUGGUCAAGGACGUGCCCUUCCUGCAGAACCUCAAGCUGGAGCUGACCAUGAGUCCAGGGGCCGCAGAGGCCAGAGACCUCGGCCAGCUCCGGACGCCGGCCCGCAUCAAGGAGCUUCUGACCACGCAGAAAAUGGCCGCCAACGACCUGGAGGUGGGCCUGCCGCGUGAGCUGGGGGCGUUUAGGGAACGACUGCCCACUAGACCGGAGCAGAGGCUGUGUGAGGUGCAGGACGCGCCGGGUGAGAUGGGGUCACUCCAGAGAGACCGCGCGUCCAGGGAGAACGGCCUGGCCUGGCACGGUAGUGCAGUGUCCAGUCUAAAGCCACCGCGCCCGUCGGGUUUAGCAGAAACAGAUUGCGCAGCUCAGCAGGACUCGUGGUCAGAGAUUUCAGAAGACGCUGACGCAGCACAGAUGGCGGCGUCCGUGCAGGUGUGGACCCAGCGGCUAGUGGACUUCCCUGCCCACCUGCGGCAGCUGCAGUCCCUCCCCGUGUCCAGCCUGCUGCCCUGCCUGCUGAGCGUGCUGCCGGACGGGGCUCUGGCCUCACAGCGCCCCCUGGCUGUCUGGUGGCUCAGCGCGGCCACCUGCGUCCGGCCGGAGCCCCGUCCAGCCCUUGCGCUCCUCCUGGAGUCGGCCCUCUACACCCUGGCGGCCGGCGGCGGUCCUGGGGUCAGCCUGGUGUCCAGCUCCACCCAGCAGCCGCACCGCCUGGCCGUGCUCCACCACCUGCCCCUGCUCCAGGUGACGGAGAUCCACGUGGGGUUCGCCGGCCAGAGCGUCAGGCUGACCGGAAGCACGGCAGCGGGCAGCGUGGUGACCCUCUACACCCACAGCGCGCCACUGACCCAAGACCUGUGCCGCGGCCUGCUGACCGCUCUCGGGGCCCGCGGGAAGCCUGCCGCGGCGGACGACGAUGACCACCCUCUGCUGACCGGUGACCUGAGGGGGCGGGCGCUGGACUGGACGGCGCGGCCGUUGCCGGACCUGCUGCUGGCCGGAGGGUUGCGGGUGAGUAGCCGCUUCCAGAAGAGCCUGGCGCAGCUCGUGUGCCUGCUGCACGGCAACAUGGACGCCCGGCGGCGCCCGGCUCUGGCGCAAGUACGGGUGCUGACCUACGCCGGCGUCCGCUUGAGCCGCGAGACCGACCGCGUCGACAUCGAUGUCCUCGGCGGACGUCGUGACGACUCGGCGGAGGAGGAAAGGGGGGGAGGAGGAGGAGGAGGAGGCGCUCCGGUGGUGCUUCAGUUCUUCCUGACGGACACACACCUGGGGCUCCUCCAGGAGGACGCCCUCUUCUACCCGCCGCCACGCUCCUUAACGCUGGUGCCCAGCUGCCCGCAGUUCCGCCUGCUCCAGCUGAGGCCCCGUGACCACGUGCGCUGCCUGCUGAUCAAGGACUCCACCCGCCUGGAGGUCUGUCUUUCAUUUACCAUUUCAAUCUCCGAGCGUUUCCGUUCUGCCCAACGGACGCCACCGCCCCAGCGCAUCCUCAUCGCUCUCCUGCUCCGCAGCGCUCUGCCCCUCCGCUACCGUCUCCAUGACAUCCCCCUCUUUGCCCAUAACCCCCCCUCCGAGUUCCAUCUCCGGCUCCACACCUCAGCUCCCCUGCCUGCUCCCAGACGAGGCCCGAGCUCCCUGCUGGCCGCGCCGCUGCUCGGCCGCGUGUCUCAUGUUGUCCUGUGUGUCCUGUGCGCUACCCCGUAG